CCGCCUCAAACCCCAGAGACAUAUCAAACAGUAUCCUUCCAUCUGACCCUCUUCCUCUCUCUCCCCAUUCCAACCACAAAUAACGAAAAUAAAAAGAUGUCACCUCCCUCAGAUAUGUAUAUACGAUAUUUUCGUCCAAGACCACACCAAACAGCAUAAACAACUUCAUGGCCCUCAUCUCCCUCACAUACCCUCCCCUUCAAAGGGAGAAAAGAAAGGAGGAAACUCACAGAUAUGCUACCAUUCAGAAACAGAGAAAAGAAGGAGUAAACCCUAGGCGUACCUACAUAGUAGUGCUCUUUCUCUACCCCUAUCGAUUGUAUCUAUCCAUCCACUUACAAGCCUACCAAACGAAUCUAUACGUCAAACGAAAUACCUCUAAACUCCAUACCUUUUCUCUCUCCCUUCCCCUUCCAUCCAUCCAGUCCAUUCAUUUCUACAACCCCGAUACACCAAACCAAUUUUUCCUCAGCAAACUUUCGCUAAAAAGGACUUCCUCCCCAACUUCCCUCCCUCGUUUCCUUUUGCUUUUUUCUCUUCUUUCCAAUUAUCUCAAUUUAGCGCUCCCAGUUCCCCGGGCGCGGUCAUCCGGCGAAGUUCGCGUUCGUGCCCCGAUGGCUCGUCAUUGGUCGGGGUGCCGGGUUCGAUUCAUCCGAAUAUCGUGUACUCGUUAUAUGAUAGGCUGGUGGGAGGGGGAAGUGGCUGCUGAUAAGCUGGAAGGCGUGUCUUUGUGUCACGCGAGCGGUAGUAUCCUUUUGACUCGAGAGAAGGAGAGAAGGAGGGAAGAAAGGGCUUAGUUUGUAAAAUAUUAUUGUUAUUAUUAUUGAUUAAGUUUCAAUGAUGGGCGUCGAAACCAAAAAUGUCCGACGGUCUAAAGUAACUAUGGGUAUAA